ACAGCUGUGCCCAGCUGCCCCAGGGAUGGAGUCCCUCCCUGAAGCAGUGCUGGUCCGGAUCCUGGCCUCCCUCCCUGCCGUGGAGCUGGUGCUGGUGUGCCGCCUGGUCUGCUGCCAGUGGAGGAACCUGGUGGAUGGAGCUGCCCUGUGGGUCCUGAAGUGCCAGCAGGAAGGCCUCACCAGAGCAGAGUCAGAUGUGGAGAACUGGCAAAGCUUCUACUUCCUCAGUAAGAAAAGGAGGAAUCUCAUCAAGAACCCAUGUGGUGAAGAAGGCUUGGAGCACUGGGGAGAGGUAGAGAAUGGAGGUGAUGGCUGGAAAAUUGAAGAGCUCCCAGGGGACUUUGGAAAAGAAUUUCCUAGUGAAGAAGUCCAUAAAUACUUUGUCACAUCUUAUGAGUGGUGUCGAAAGGCUCAGGUCAUUGACCUGAGGGCUGAGGGUUACUGGGAAGAGCUGAUGGAUACAAGCCAGCCUAAAAUCAUGGUAAGAGACUGGUAA